AUGAAUAAUAUUAUAGAUGUCCUUGGUCAAGUGAUUGAACAAUCAUUAAAAUCAGAUCAUCACUAUGUUUUCACAAUUGCAGAAUGUUUGAUUCUACAACCCAAACAAGAAUUAAUCUUGGACACACGAUUAGCACCAAGUAUUAUUGGUUUUUUACAUCAACCCGAUCUGAAUCAAGAUAAACUUGAUCUGGUAAUCAGAUAUUUCAACAAGGUUGAGUUGUCAGCCAAUAAAGAAAAUGGUGUAACAGUAUCGCUCAACUGUUGUUGGAACCAGAAUUUUGCAACCUAG